AUGGCCCUCGCCGCGCCGCCGCUGCUGCUGCCGCUGCUGCCGCUGCUGCUGCUAGGGCGGCCGCUCCUCGGGGCGCCGGGGCAAGGCGCAGGCACCUGGUCCCGCUUCGCCCGUCUGCCCUAUCCGCAGGACCAGCUCUUCCUCUACGACACCUUUCCCGACGGCUUCCUCUGGGGCGCGGGCAGCUCCGCCUACCAGACGGAGGGCGGCUGGCGGCAGGGCGGCAAGGGCCCCUCGGUCUGGGACGCCUUCGCCCACCGCCCGGGCACGCCGCCGGGGCCCGGAGCGCCGGCGGCGGCGGGCGGCGACGUGGCCAGCGACAGCUACAACAACCUCUUCCGCGACGCCGAGGGGCUGCGGCGCCUGGGAGUCUCCCACUACCGCUUCUCGCUGGCCUGGGCCCGGCUGCUGCCCAACGGCACCGGGCCCCCCAACCCCGCCGGGCUGGCGCACUACGGGCGGCUGCUGGGCCGCCUGCGCCAGCUGGGCAUCGAGCCCGUCGUCACUCUCUACCACUGGGACCUGCCGCAGGCCCUGCAGGAUGCCUUCGGCGGCUGGGCCAGCCCUGUCCUGCCGCAGCUCUUCCGCGACUACGCCGAGCUCUGUUUCCAGCAUUUCGGCGGGCAGGUGCGCUACUGGCUGACCAUGGACAACCCGUACGUGGUGGCCUGGCACGGCUACGGCACAGGGCGACUGCCGCCCGGUGUGCAAGGAGGCCCACGCCUUGCCUACCGAGCGGCCCACCACCUGCUCCAGGCCCAUGCUAAAGUCUGGCAUCUCUACAAUGACCAUUUUCGUCCAACUCAAAAAGGAAAAGUGUCCAUUGCCCUAAGCUCCCACUGGAUAAAACCUCAACAUAUGACUGAAAAAAACAUAAAAGAGUGUCAAAAAUCUCUUGAUUUUGUGCUUGGCUGGUUUGCUAAGCCCAUAUUUAUUGAUGGUGACUAUCCAGAGAGCAUGAGGAGCAACCUCUCAUCUCUAUUGCCCCAAUUCAGUGAAGCUGAGAAGAAGUAUAUCAAGGGAACAGCAGACUUUUUUGCUCUCUCUUUUGGAGCUACCCUGAGUUUCCAGCUCUUAGACUCCCACAUGAAAUUCCAGCAGUUGGAAUCAAUAAGCCUGAGGCAGCUCCUUUACUGGAUAAACGCUGAAUAUAACAACCCUCAAAUAUUUAUUGUGGAGAACAGCUGGUUUGUUUCUGGUAGCACCAAGAGAGAUGAUGCCAAAUAUAUUUACUAUCUCAAGAAGUUCAUUAUGGAGACUUUAAAAGCAAUCCGGUAUGAUGGAGUUAAUGUGUUUGGCUACACAGUCUGGUCUCUCCUGGAUGGCUUUGAAUGGCACAGGGGCUACAGCAUUCGACGGGGAUUGUUUUAUGUAGAUUUUCAAAGCCAUGACAAGAAGUUGAUGCCCAAAUCUUCUGUCUUGUUCUAUCAAAAGCUGAUAGAAAAAAAUGGCUUCCCACCUUUGCCUGAAAAUCAGCCCAUAGAAGGUAUUUUUCCCUGUGGCUUUGCUUGGGGAAUUGUUGACAACUACAUUCAGGUAGACACAACACCCACUCAGUUUCUUGACUCUAAUGUUUAUGUGUGGGACGUUCACCAGACAAAGAAGCUUAUUAAAGUGGAUGGAGUUUUCACCUCCCAACGCAAGCAUCACUGUGUUGACUUCGCUGCUAUCAGACUGCAGAUCUCUCUUCUGCAAGAAAUGCAUGUCACACAUUUCCAUUUUUCACUGAAGUGGUCUUUAAUCCUUCCCUUGGGUAACCUUUCUCUAAUCAACCACACACUUGUACAUUAUUAUCAGUGUUUUGCUAGUGAACUUCUCAGAGUUAACAUAACUCCUGUUGUUGCUUUAUGGCAACCUAUGGCUGAGAAUCAAGAGCUUCCAGUUUCGCUUGCCAAGUAUGGAGCUUGGGAAAACCCAGAUACCAUUCAGGCUUUUGUUGAGUAUGCCAAAUUCUGCUUUACAAGUCUUGGGGAACAUGUCAAAUUUUGGAUCACAAUGAAUGAACCAUCUGUGAAAAACUUGACAUACACUGCAGGACACAACCUGUUGAAAGCUCAUGCGAAGGCAUGGCAUCUCUAUGACAAGGAAUUCAGGAGAUCUCAGAAGGGUAAAAUAUCUAUAGCUCUUCAGGCUGACUGGGUAGAACCAGCUUGUCCUUUUUCCAGGAAUGACCAAGAAGUUGCUGACAGAAUUUUAGAGUUUGAUAUUGGCUGGCUUGCAGAGCCCAUCUUUGGGAACGGUGACUACCCACAGGUGAUGAGAGCGUGGCUUCGCCGAAGAAACAGUGUCGACCUGUAUAAUUUCCACCUGCCUUCGUUCUCAGAAGACGAAAAGAAGUUAAUCCAGGGCUCAUUUGAUUUUUUUGCCUUGAGUCACUACACUACUACCCUCGUGGGCUGGGAGAAAGAAGAUGCAGUGAAAUAUGACCACUAUCUUGAAGUUCAAAUGAUCAACGACAUCACAUGGCUGCACUCCCCCAGCAGAGCUGCAGUAGUGCCCUGGGGACUGCGGAAGUUGCUCAAGUGGGUUAAAUCGAAGUACGGUGAUGUCCCAAUUUAUGUUUUGGCUAAUGGAAUUGAUGAUGACCAGAAUGUGGUGCAUGAUAAGCUCAGAGUGUAUUACAUACAGAAUUACAUCAACGAAGGUUUAAAAGCUUACACCUUGGAUAACGUUAACCUGAAAGGAUAUUUUGUCUAUUCUUUUAAUGACAAGACUGCUCCUAAAUAUGGUCUCUACAGUUAUGUUGCAAAUCAGUACGAAGCAAAGCCUUCUAUGAAACAUUACAGAGAAAUAAUCGACAAUAAUGGUUUUCCUGGUCCUGAGACUCCUGAUUUGCUGUGCCCAGAAGAGGUUGCCUCGUGUCCUGAAUGCCACUUCUUCCGAACUAGAAAGUCAUUAUUAGCCUUUAUCUCCUUCAUUUUUGUUGCUUUUAUUGUUACUAUGUGCUUCAUUACAUACUACUCCAAGAGGGUAGAAAGAAGGUAUAAAUAG